CAGAUGAUGGCUUCUGACGCUAGCCAUAUGCUGGAAGCGGCUUUGGAGCAGAUGGAUGACAUCAUUGCAGGUACAAAGUCAGCUGCAGAGUAUGCUAAUGGUGGUUAUGAUAUUGUGUCACCUGCUCCUUCAGUAUACUUGGGCACAUUUCAAAUUUUGCAUCUCCUGGAAGAUCUAAGGAUGGCAUUGGAAAUGAUAGAAGAUCCUCAAGAGAAAGAAGCAUUGCGAAGUCAAAUUCCGGGGGCCACAGCAGUGUGUAUACGAGAAUGGUUUGAAGAGAAUCUGUCACAGGUGAAUCAUCACGCAUCUAAUAAUGAAACUUAUCAAGAAAGAUUGGCAAGAUUAGAAGGUGAUAAAGAGUCACUCAUUCUGCAGGUGAGUGUUCUUACAGACCAAGUGGAAGCUCAAGGAGAGAAAAUCCGGGACUUAGAAAUCUGUCUUGAGGGGCAUCAGCUGAAACUGAAUGCUACAGAAGAAAUGCUUCAACAGGAGUUGUUAAGUCGAACAUCACUAGAGACUCAGAAAUUAGAUCUAAUGGCUGAAGUUUCAGACCUGAAGAUUAAACUGGUUGGUAUGGAGAAGGAACAUAGUAAAUAUGAAGAGAAACAGAACAAAGCUGAGGGUUUGCUACAGGAACUUAGACACCUCAAAAUUAAAGUGGAAGAACUGGAAAAUGAAAGAAAUCAGUAUGAGUGGAAAUUAAAAGCAACUAAAGCUGAGAUAGCCCAGCUUCAAGAGCAAUUAGCUCUGAAAGAUGCAGAAAUAGAACGCUUACAAAGUCAGCUAUCUAGGACCUCAUCACAUAGUGAAGUGGCAGAAAGAGAGGAAGUUUAUAGGAGAAGGCUAAAAGAAAAACAUCAAGAAGUUCAGCGGCUGAAGAUAGGAAUGGAAUCACUAUUGGCCGCAAAUGAGGAAAAGGACCGUCGAAUAGAGGAGCUAACACUGUUGCUAAGCCAGUACAGGAGAGUCAAAGAGAUAAUGACUGCAGCUCAUGGUCUUGUAUGGCAGAAUGGAAACUUGUAUUUAACACACAAGAAUGGGGAACAAGAGUCAGGCUCCUCUAUCUCUGGUGGCAGUGAGGAGGAAUUCGAGACAACUGUGAGGAAGUGGAAUCUUUUGAAUAAUCCUCAAGGAGAAUUAUUUAAAACAGAGGCCUCUUCAGGAGAAUUGUCACCAGCUGUGCUCUCUCCAGUGCCACACAAAGCUAUGGAAAUCAGUGGAAGCAUUCCAGCAUCUUCAACUAACGUAACCUCUCCACAAGCAGAUUCUUCAGAAAUCGUAAAUAGGGUUCCACAGAAAAAGAAGUCAAAUAGUUUAGAAGACUUGCAAAGUGAAUCCCUGGAGAAGUGUGUACACGGGAAACCAGUACAGCCUGUUGUAGAACAAGAGAGCAAGCCACUUGUGAAAGGUAGCAGGUAUCAAACCUUGCCAGGAAAGCUACCUCGACCCUUACAGAAUGGAGAGCAGGGAACUUAUAAUUCAUCAGACGGGUGCUGCACGAAGGACAGUGAAGACAGCAUCCUGAGCCUAAGCUUUCUGCUUCUUGGGAUGACUGAAGAUCGCAUCAGGAGUGUCAGUGCACCAGUGCUAGGAGAAACAGAGAACGUGGAUGGUACAGUGGUCUCCGAUGACCUUUCGCCUCUUUCUUCAGGAAUGGAUUCAGGUCCACAGUCUCCAUUGUCUCCAGAAAACAGAAAGAGUCCAAAAGGGAUCAAGAAAAUUUGGGGAAAAAUAAGAAGAACUCAGUCAGGUAACUUCCCUGCAGAUGACCUGGGCUUGGCAGAGUUUCGAAGAGGUGGUCUCCGAGCAACAGCUGGACCUCGGUUAUCCAGAUCAAAAGAAACCAAAGGCCAGAAAAGUGACUACAAUGCUCCAUUUGCUCAGUGGAGCACUGAAAGAGUUUGUAACUGGCUUGAGGACUUUGGUCUCGGCCAGUACGUCAUAUUUGCCCGGCAGUGGGUGACUUCAGGCCACACGCUGUUAACUGCGACCCCUCAGGACAUGGAGAAGGAAAUGGGAAUAAAGCAUCCACUGCACAGGAAGAAAUUAGUUUUGGCCAUUAAAUCAAUAAAUGCAAAACAGGAAGAGAAGUCUGCACAACUUGAUCAUAUCUGGGUGACACGAUGGCUUGAUGACAUUGGUUUGCCUCAGUACAAAGACCAGUUUCAUGAAUCCAGAGUUGAUGGGAGAAUGUUGCAGUACUUAACUGUGAAUGACCUGCUCUUUCUGAAAGUCACCAGCCAGCUGCAUCAUCUGAGUAUUAAGUGUGCCAUUCAUGUGCUGCAUGUCAAUGGUUUUAACCCCCACUGCCUACGCAGGAGACCAGCUGAGGAGGUAAAAAAUGUGUCAUCUUCUGAAGUAGUACAGUGGUCCAACCACAGAGUGAUGGAAUGGCUCAGAUCAGUUGAUCUGGCAGAAUAUGCACCAAACCUUCGAGGAAGUGGAGUGCAUGGCGGCCUGAUUAUUCUUGAACCUCGCUUCAAUGGUGACACGCUGGCAAUGCUGCUGAAUAUUCCACCUCAAAAGACCCUCCUGCGACGCCACCUAACAACCAAUUUUAACAUAUUGAUAGGACCAGAGGCACAACAAGAAAGAAGAGAAAUAAUAGAGUCAGCAGCAUACACACCUCUGACCACCACUGCCAAAGUCCGGCCAAAGAAACUUGGAUUUUCACAUUUUGGAAACUUAAGGAAAAAGAAAUUUGAUGAGUCCACAGACUACAUUUGUCCUAUGGAUACAAACCCAACUGCUGCAAAUGGUACUCAGAAAAACUAUGGUGGCUACAAAGGACUUAGUCCAUUCACGGACCAGGAACUGGAUCAGAUGGAACAUUCAGAAGGCACAGUGAUGCAAAUAGGGGCUCUUUCUGAAGGCAUAAGCCAUCUUACGACGAUGUUGAGCCAAGAUGAAAUGCUGAAUGACAGCAGGUUUUUAACACCUACCUUUGAAGACUGGAGAUGA